AUGGCAACUACAGUGACUGGCACUGUAGACGCUAUGAAGAUGCUAUUUGAAAGUGAUUAUAAUUCUCCUGAGGCUUUUGUAAAUAAAAAUGACGCAUAUUUUAACGGAUCAAUGGAAAAUUCUACUAAAACGACUGACACUAACAACGACACAAAAACACCUCUUUCGAAGCCAUUUUUGAAUAAAUCUUUCCAUCCACCUCCAAGCGAAAGUUCUUUAUCAAUAUUAUCGGGUUCGAGUGAUCAGCUUUUGGUCAAAAGAAAUUCAGUCGAACUUCCUCGAACGAACCCCAUUCCACCCAAAGUUAAACCCAAACCAGUGAUUUAUCGCAAGAUUGUGCCUUCCCUGAGGAACGAGCCAACUUAUACACCCAAAAUAAUUCCAAUCAGGAGCGUACCAGAAACUUUAUUAUCGGAACAUAAAUCCAUUAAUCUCGCCCCUGAGAAGACUGAAAUUGCACCACGGUUAUCCAGCUCUGCAAUGGAAAUAAGGCCUAAACCUUUGAUUGCCCUGGCUUCCAGUGAUAAAAGUGAUAAACAUUUUCAUUCAAAGCAAGAAUUUAGUAUUACAGAUGGUCUUCCACCAUUCUCAACUUCUGUUCAUCCUAUUACACCGAAGAAGCCCCCGCCGGUUUUAAAGAAACCUCGAUCAAUUUUGAGUGGUUAUAGUAACAAAAGUAGCAAUAAUCACCGCUCUCCUUAUAAAUAUGACAAGGCAUUAGAAGAACAAUUUGGAUUGAAAGUUGAUGAGUCUGCCUAUGAUUUUGUGGAAUCAUGGGCGAAUUAUCAAGCGCAGACACAAAUGGAGAUAUUACAGGACAAACUGAAAAGAAAUGGUUAUGGUAAUUGUGCCAAUCCUACCGAGAAUGGCGCUCUUGGAAAAUAUAGUCGCAGCCCAUCGGUAUCAAGCAGUACAGGAAUGUCUGGAUCUAAUUUCACAAAUUCCAGUAUCCGAUCUAUUUUGAAGAAAGGAAGGCCCUCUUUAGGAGUUGAGAAAAAGAGGUUGACGUUCAAAGAUGACGAUGAGCUGAUUACCAAGUACAAUUAUCCAUCUGAAGACAGUUAUGAUGAGAGUGAUAGUUUGAAGAAUUUUCGAUCAGCCCUGGGUUCAGAUUCAGAUUCAUCAUCAUCAUCAUCCUCAACUUUUGAUGAUGAUGAUCCAAAUUAUGAGCUAGAUGUUGUAAAAUCAGUCAGUACAUAUCGAUCAUCAGGAAGCAGAAGCACAGGAACUAAAAUUUCACUUGCUGCAUCAAGCGCAUCCAAUUUUUCCUCCAGUACCUUGAAAGGUUCUGUAAUUCAGCAACCAAUAUACCAUACCUCCUCCUCCCUUCGAAGUAACAGCUUAGACAGACCCCGCAAUGGAAGGAAUCACACUAGCAAUAAUAAAAUUCACUACAGAAGCAGUGGUUAUGUAGAAACUAAAGUCAUUUCUCCCAGUAAAUGGGCAAAUACUUCCAAUUCGUCUCCAAUUUUAUUGACCUCCUCGAAAACUGGUGGUAGUAGUAAGUCACCCAAAAUUACUUGUAAAACUUCGAGAUUAUAA